AUGAGCGGCCACGCGUUUUGCCGGCGUCGACGGUCGCGGCAACAAGCAAACGAUCUCGUCGUGCUGCAAGGUGCCUUUGCUCGAGACAAGCGGAACACGGAGCACGCCAACCACCUCCACAUCAUCCACGGCGACGCAAUCGAGGUCCAGCUGCCGUUCUUCGACGUGUGUGUGGCCAACUUGCCGUACCAAAUUUCGUCGCCGUUCGUCUUCAAGCUCCUCGCCCACCGCCCCAUGUUCCGCUGCGCUGUCGUCAUGUUCCAGGAGGAAUUUGCGAAGCGGUUGAGCGCGCGCCCCGGUGACGAACUCUACUGCCGCCUCUCGGUCAACACGCAGCUCCUUGCCAAGGUUGAUCAGCUCAUCAAGGUCGGCCGCAACAACUUCCGCCCGCCGCCCAAGGCCGAGUCGCGCGUCGUGCGUAUCGAGCCCAAGAACUCGCCGCCGCCCGUCAACUUUACGGAGUGGGAUGGGAUGGUGAAGAUCAUCUCAACCGCAAGAACAAGACGCUGCACUCGUGCUUUACGACCAAGUUCUCAAGACCCUCGACGACAACUACCGCACGUACUGCUCGCUCAACAGUUUGAUGCCGGACCCCGCUUUUGACAUCAAGACGCUCGUCGAGGCGACGUUCACGGAGACCGACUACAGCGACAAGUGUGGCGCCAAGAUAGACCUCGAUGACUUCCUCAUGUACCACUGCUACGCCUAUGUCUGCUCAAAGCUCAUGCUGACUUUGUAGCUUGCUCAACGCCUUCAACUCGCGCCACGUUCAUUUCUGCUAAGCCACUGGAUUGGGCGCCACCUUUUUAAUACUCUGUAAUUGCCUU